AUGGAUAACAGUGCUCAUAAGCAGGAACUUCUGGAAAUGGUGGAAAAUAUUCUCAAGACAAUAGAUCUGUUGCCUUUACACCCCAAGUACAAAUUGGAACUCUAUCAAUUUUACUUAAUGUCGAAAAUUUCCUGGCAUUUAACUAUUGCCGAUAUUGAAAAGACCUGGAUAAAAGAAAAUUUAGACAACUUGUGUCAUAAAAUGUUACGUAGAUGGCUAGAGAUUCCUCCCAAUGGUACUCUUGAGAUUGUUCUCUUGGCGAAAACAAAGUUUGGCUUGAAUGUUAUUGAUGUUUCCACUACGCAUGCUCAGUGUCAGGUAUCUUUUAGAGGUCAGUUAAAGAACUCAACCAAUGAAGAUGCCAGACAUGUAUACUGUAGCACAAGAUCGGGUUGUAACAUUCAGCAUGAUCGUUUUAACAAUUGUCGAGAGGUUCUAAAGGAAAUUAGAGACGCAGAACUAGAUAAA